GCUGCGCGUACCCUGGCGUCAUCAUUCCGCGCAGACUGGGGCGCUGACGUGGCGGGAGCGAAGAACAAGCUUGGGGCUCCUCGGUUUGGGGGUUACGAUGCGGCGCGCGGGCCUCGGUGAAGGCGCGCCGCCCCCCGGGCACUAUGGCUACGCCAACAGCGGCUACAGCUCCUUUGAGGAGGAGAAUGACCGGCUGACGGAGAGCCUGCGCACCAAGGUGACCGCCAUCAAGUCGCUCUCCAUCGAAAUAGGACACGAAGUGAAGCACCAGAACAAGAUGUUGGCCGAGAUGGACUCCGAGUUCGACUCGACGACCGGCUUUCUGAGCCAGACGAUGGGGAGGCUGAAGGUGCUGUCCCGGGGGAGCCAGGCCAAGCUCCUGGCCUACAUGGUCCUGUUCUCCUUCUUUGUUUUCUUUGUCAUUUAUUGGAUCCUCCGCCUGAGGUGAUGCCGGCGGCUGCGAGGCUCCAGCUGGUGCGGGGGGCAGCCACCUCCCCCUCCCGUGGGGAUCCCCGCGGCCCGGGGCCGAGAGUCCCCACAUCUGGGCUCGGGGGAGCCUCGGGGGUCCGGGCGGACACUUUGCCUAAGGGACCCCCUGCCCCUCGCCGCCCGCCCCGUCUGUUCCCGUGAAGUUGGUCCCGCCUUCCUCUUGUCUCCAACAUUCCUUCCUUCCAGAAGAUACCUCGAUGGGGGGCAUUGUGGGUAGGACCCGAGCCAGGCGGGCCGGUGAGGAACGCUGAUUUCUCUGGCGGCCGGCCCUCCCUUCCGCCCUUGGUGGCCGCGUCGUGGGGCGACAGAGGAGUCCAGGGAUCCGGCUCGGCUCGUACUGCGGUCUUCCUGGACGACGGCAGCAGAGCUCCCGGAUGUGACCGACCCAACUUCCUCAGAGGGAGUCUACAAAUAAAUGUGCUUUAAAAGCAA